GAAGUUUUCCAUUCCCUGAAACAGAGCGCCUUUUGAAUAUACCACAGGUGCAUUGGCUUUUGGCCUAAGUGCGCCCAACCUCGCAUCAACAUCACUUGGCUCCUUAGGGGCGAUGCCCAGCUCACGCAUCACACGCUCUUCUCGACGUCAAAAUGCGAGCUGUGAUCAAUGUCGGCACUCGAAACGUCGCUGUUUGUUAGAAACUCCCAACAAUGAAGGCGAUUCCAGUAGUAGCAUCUGCUUCAAUUGUGAAAGGUUGGGAUACACAUGCACUUUCAACUUUGCGGCAUCCCAAUCCAAGGGACGAGCAGACAGGAAAGCACGACUGAAUGACUCUCAGGCUUCGAGCUUAACACCACAAUCAUCGGACUCGAGCAGAACCGUCCGUAAUGGCAUUGUCAAUGAGGUUUCAGCCAUUGAAACUUCAAUGGCUUUCGAUCCUGGUGACAGUGAUUUGUUACCUUGGCUUGAUUUCGACCUAGAUGGCAUCGAUCAAUUCGAUUUGUCUACGUCGCUAUUACUCCCCCAAACCACAGAUUCCCUUGCACUAUCUGGUGAUGUUGUUCCAUUGGCGUCACCGCAGAACCAUUCGCAAUACAGAACAAGAUCAGUCGUUGGCUGUGCAUUCAACAGCCCAACGCACCUGCUGAAUUCCAAAUCAAAUGCGACUAUCCUUGACGAGCACUUGUCUCAGAUAUACGAAACGAUAACUGUUGGAGCUGGUUCGGUCUUCUUGGACUACAAUUGCAACAUGUAUACAGGCCGAUAUCGAUACGAAUUGGAAGAGAACAUUCCACCCUCGCAUGUCAAGUAUUCCGCUUCCGUGUGGGAAAUUCACAACAAGGGUCUCCCAGACUCAGAUCCAUAUUCUAAUACUCCGCGAAUCGCCUCUGCGCCAUGUGCAGAUACAUCAGAUUUGCAAGUACGAUCGCAACGCCUACCCCUGGGAAGUACGACACCGAGGAUGAGAGUAAUCGGGGCUUUUCGCUUUCUAGAUCAUUUCAAUGAUUUAUGGGGCAUCCCACUCAGCUCAGCCGAUAGGAAGCAUUCUGACGAAAUUCUCAAAGCGGUUCUGAGAGCAUUCUCGUUUCAGUGGCUGUCAAUGUCUGACACUAUGUCACCUUUGGGGGCGUUUCUUUCAACGCCCAACGGAAACAUACAGCAAGAGACUGAAGAAUUCGUUGAUGCAUGGCAUAAUGCGCGAUCAUUAAUCAAUGACUCCAGGUCAAUUUACUCUUUCAGGGUGGUGUAUGCUACUCUUCUCUUUGACACUAUCGAUGUGCCACAAGAAAUAACUGGCCCAUCCGACCACGAGUUCCUCGACCUUGGUCUGGACAAGCUGUUAGCUCUGGAGGCACCUCUUCGCAAGUACUGUGCCACCCUAGGCCCUGUCUCUGAAUACGCAGGGCUUGUCGAAGCAAGCUUGAACAUUGCUCUGUGGUUUGGAUAUCUUCGAGACACAGUGGUGAGCCUCUUUACACAACGGCCAUGCAGGAUGCUAGAUAUCCCCAGGCAACGAAAAUUCUCGUUGUCUCAGGCAGAUAUCAUUAAAGUGGAAGGUGGCUUUCCUGAUAUCUGCAGAGAAGCACUCGCAAACUCCGCUCAUGUAUGGAGACAGAUAAGUCGGUUCAAAAAUGAGGCGUCAAGGACCAGCGAAACAGUAAUGAAGUCUACUUCGUCGAUUUUCGCAGCUAUUGAUGAUUACGAAGCGACAUACCAUAUCCUUCUGGACUUCCCUCUGGAAAGCACAGCGCAUUUGCCCGUCGGCUCUACCAAGUUUUGGGUUGUACUGAUGUUCUUUUGGUACCUCGGAGUCCUCGUUGUCACUGAUACUGUACAGUCUAUGACAGCCAGCAACGAAGUUCUGUACCAAAAGUUCGUCUCGAUGCUUCGGCAUCAUCAGCAGCAAGCCAUUUCAGCACUCACACGAACGGUAGAAUGCGUGAGAACAUUACCAACUCCGGGAGCAUGGAAGCCAGAUAGUGGCUUGAGCGCCGACAUUCCAAUCACUGCGUGUCAUAUCACGCCCGCCAUGGUGGUGGCAACCCUUAAGAUGGCAAUUGCACAAAGCAUCGACCUUCAAUUACUUUCCGAUUCUGGGCUGAUAUUCGAUGGCGUUUGGGAUCAUCAAGUCCGUAUCCUUAUGAAGGCUCUUGUCUCCCUAAAAGUUACCGUGAGUGGGUCAAGGAUUGCAGGUGUAGCUCUUCAACAAUUGAUGAGAGAUCACGGGGACAUCCUGUCUGAAUGCUGGUCUACCUAA